AUGCUUCUGCGUGAACUCGUCGACAAGCUGCCGCCAUCGAUUAAGGUCGACUGGGCCAAAUACCGUCGGAAUCUUCCAUGCGUCAGCCUGACCACUUUCUCCAUGUGGUUGUACGAUCUCGCUGAGACAGUUUGCCCGAUUGCCAUGUUACCAAGUAUUGAAUCAAGAGCAACUCGCGGCAAGAAAGACGCGGCUUAUCUCAAUGCGCAUACGGAAGACGUAGAGGAUCCUAGAAAUAUGUCGAAUCAGCUCGUCAGGUCUGCAUCACCAAAUCCUCCAUCAAAAACCUGUUUAAUAUGCAAGAACAGUUGUCCCAGCGUAGACAAGUGUAAGAGGUUUGCUGAACUUAGCUACAAUUCACGAUGGGCGACAGUGAAAGAAUUUAGUUUGUGUAGAAAGUGCCUGAAGAAACACAAAGGAUCGUGCAGAUCUCAACAAGUUUGUGGGAAGAACGGAUGUCAAUUCAAGCACCAUCAGCUUCUGCACAAUAGUCAACGAGACAGCACUACGUCGAAUCAGAUAUCCAUGACACCAGAAGCGGAAGAUGUGCAGCAAAGUGCGCAAACAGAACGAGAGUGUAAUAUGCAUCUAAAGUCUACAAACAAAACGCUUUUCCGAGUCGUUCCCGUAAUCCUAUACGGACCAGAGAAAUCGAUCAGAACUUAUGCCUUCUUAGACGAUGGAUCGUCGCUAACCUUGAUAGAUGCUGCUUUAGCGACAGAGCUCAGGCUUAGCGGAAAACCAGAGCCUUUGUGUCUCCGAUGGACAAGCAAUAAGAGCCGUUUGGAGAACGAUUCCCUGCGGUUGAAUGUCGAGAUUUCUGGAACGAGGGAGAAUCACAAGAAGUACAGUCUUCAAGAGGUACAUACUGUCUCCAAUCUCGAUUUAUUCCAACAAUCCGUGAACGCAAAAGAGUUGGUUGACCAAUAUCCAUACCUGCGUGGAAUUCCAGUUGAAUCCUUUCAUAAAGCUCAACCCCGUAUUCUCAUCGGAAUUGACAAUGCUAACCUGACGCUUCCGUUGAAGGGUAGAGAAGGAGGUUUACAUCAGCCAAUCGCCACUAAAACACGCUUGGGUUGGAUCAUACACGGAGGAACGGAACCCAUUCAAGAACUAAUCGGGUUUCACAGUUUGCAGAAGUGUCCCUGUGGUGGGACGGAUGAUGCUGCCCUUCAGAACAUGAUGACCGAGUAUUUCUCGAUUGAGAACUUAGGGGUUUACAAACCCAAAAAUUCCCUCGCAUCAAUCGAAGACCAGCGGGCUGAAGACAUUCUCAAGUGCAUCACACGAGCUGAAAGUGGACAUUAUGUCACCCGAUUGCUGUGGAAGUACGAUGAUUUUCGCCUUCCAAAUAGCAAACCCAUGGCAUUACGGCGACUGUGCUGUCUGGAGUCAAGACUGAAAAAAGAUCCUGAGCUGGCAGCAGUAUUGCGAACAAAAAUAAGUGAAUACCUUGCAAAGGGUUAUAUUCGCAAGUUAACAAAAGAGGAGUUGUCGGAAACACGAAAUCGAGUAUGGUAUCUUCCGAUCUUCCCCGUUUUUAACCAGAACAAGCCGGGUAAGGUACGGAUCGUCUGGGACGCGGCGGCGAAAGCCAGCGGUGUGUCACUGAAUUCGAUGCUGUUGACUGGACCAGAUCAACUUACCUCCCUUAUGUCCGUGCUCAUCAAAUUUCGGGAAAAUAAGGUGGCGAUUUGUGGUGACCUGAGAGAAAUGUUCCAUCAGGUACGGAUUUCGACAGAAGACCAAAACUGUCAGCGAUUUCUAUGGAGGGAGACUCCGACAGAAGCAGAACCAAGUACCUAUAUUAUGCAGGUAAUGACGUUUGGGGCGUGUUGUUCACCGAGUUUCGCCCAAUACGUCAAAAACAUGAACGCUGAGAAACACGCAGGACAGUAUCCGGCGGCGGCUAAAGCGAUCGUUAAGAACCACUAUGUGGACGAUAUGCUGGUGAGCACGGAGACGGAAGGCGAAGCGAUUCAACUAGCUCGAGACGUUCAUUAUGUUCACAUCCAAGCCGGAUUCGAAAUGUGUAAUUGGCUAUCCAACUCUCCUGCGGUUCUUGCAGUUCUGCAGAAGGAACAGAUCGACGAGAAGAGCCUGAAAAUUGGAUCGAGACUAGCCACAGAGAAAGUUCUAGGUAUGUGGUGGUGCACCGCAACAGACACACUAACAUUUAAGUUAUCGGCGAAGCAUGAUUCAGAUCUGUUGUUGGGAAGGCGGCGACCAACGAAGAGGGAAGUGUUGCGGACAUUGAUGGCCAUCUUCGAUCCUCUGGGUUUACUUUCACACUUGUUGAUUUUCCUCAGGGUUCUGUUGCAAGAAAUUUGGCGCUGCGCCAUCGGCUGGGAUGAUGAAAUUCCAGAUAAUAUCAACGAAAAAUGGGAAAAGUGGUUAAAGGUUCUCCCGUCAGUACAGCAUGUCCGUGUGCCGAGAUGCUACCGGCAAAGCACAUCGAUAAAUCAAACAACUAAUGUGCAAUUCACACUUUCGUCGACGCCAGCGAGUACGGUAGCCGUAGUGUAUCUACGCUUCGAGCAGGGCAGAUCCGUUGAGUGUGCAAUCGUUGCGGCGAAGUCUCGAGUAGCUCCACUCAAAUUUGUUUCAAUACCGAGGCUCGAGCUACAGGCUGCAGUCAUAGGAGCACGACUUGCGAAUACCGCAACUAGUAAUUUCACAUUUAAGGUGGAUGAGAAAUUUUUCUGGACGGACUCUCGUGAUGUGUUGUGCUGGAUUUGGUCUGAUCAUCGUCGGUACUCCCAAUUUGUGGCUUUCCGUGUUAGCGAUAUCUUGGAAACUAGUGGAAUUGCAGAUUGGAGAUGGGUUGGUACAAAAGACAACGUUGCGGACGAAGCUACGAAGUGGCAACGUUUACCAGAUCUCGGAAGCGAGAGUCGAUGGUUCAACGGACCGGAGUUCAUACGACAGAAGCGCGAUAAUUGGCCAGUCGAGCCGUUCACAACUGGUUCUACUAAGGAGGAAGUGCGUCAACAUAUGUUUCACCAUAGAAUGGUUACAGAUUCGUGUAUAAACGUGGAGUAUUUCGACAACUGGAAACGGUUAGUCGGAACUGUAGCUUUCGUUUUCCGAUUCCUUCACAACUGUCGCAGCAAGGCUAAGGGAAUCCAGCGUGAUCACGGGCCGUUAAGUAGCAAAGCACUACAGCAAGCAUCGAACUACCUUCUCAGGCGCGCGCAGGAAGAAUCUUUUCCCGAGGAAGUGGAAAUUUUAUCUGCGAAUACAAUUACCAAGAGGGCGGUCUGUAAGCAGAGCAGAAUAUAUAAGAUGAAUCCCUUUAUGGACGAAGAACGAGUGAUGCGAAUGCGAGGCAGAAUCGGCAGAUGCGAGUAUGCUACGAUGGACGCGCAGAAUCCAAUAAUUCUUCCAAAAGACCAUUAUAUUACAAAACUGAUUGUGCGGGACUAUCACGAGCGUUAUCACCAUCGAAAUCAUGAGACUGUGGUUAAUGAGCUUCGGCAGGUGUUUAGAAUACCGAAAUUGCGUGUAGUAUUUCGGAACGUGAGGGCAAAUUGUCAAUUGUGUAAAAAUCAGAAAGCUAUUCCUCAAGCACCCUUAAUGGGUGAUCUCCCAAUGGCUAGACUGGCGGCAUUCAACAGACCAUUCACCUUUGCGGGGGUUGACUACUUUGGUCCGAUUAUGGUGGCGGUAGGGCGAAGGUCAGAAAAACGGUGGGGGGUACUAGUGACAUGCUUGACGACACGGGCGGUAUACAUAGAGGUUGCACAUACGCUCAGUGCGGACUCCUGCAUAAUGGCCAUCCGAAACUUUAUGGUGCGACGUGGCGUACCGCAGCAAAUAUACAGUGACCGUGGGACGAACUGCGUGGCUGCAAGCAAGGAACUCGAAGCUGCUCUUGCGGAGUUAGAUCAAGAGAGAGUUAUUCGAGAAAUUGUCAGUUCCAAUACCGAAUGGUGCUUCCUGCCUCCAGCUUCUCCUCAUAUGGGAGGAUCCUGGGAGAGACUUAUCCAGACAGUGAAGCGUAAUCUGCAGCAGAUUCAGCCAUUGCGUCCUCUUAGCGACGAAAUUCUGCGAAAUUUGUUCGUCGAGAUCGAAGGCACCAUUAACGCACGUCCGUUGACUCACGUGCCUGCGGACGAUCCAGAGGCUCCUGUCCUUACUCCAAACCACUUUAUUUUGGGUUCUUCCAGCGGCCUGAAACCGGCAACGCUGUUCGACGAUAGCGCGGCGAAUUUGAGACGCUCGUGGCGAUCUUCGCAAGUGGAGGCGAACAUCUUCUGGCGACGUUGGACAUAA